ACAAAUUUUAAAAUUAAAGCCCUCCUUCAAAUGCGUUUGCAUCGAGCUCCAAUGGUAAUUCAUCUUAAAAUGGCUCAGAGCCCUCCAAAGCCAAUAGACGAUCCUCAACGAGAAGAAAAGUUAUUACAAAAUAUUUUGAGAAAAAAUAGAGAAUUAAAAAAUGGAAUAUUGGAUGAAAAUUUGAUUUUGAAUUUUUUUGUUUCUCAAAUCGAAGCUGGAAAAAUGCUUCAACGCGAAUUGAGUUUACCAGAAAAUAAAAAAGGUGGAAACAUUUUUUUAUACUUAAAUCAAGUCAUAAGAUAUGUUUAA